AUGAUGAGGUGUCUGAUUCUCAGCUUGGUGUGUGUAGCCCUCACAGAGGGACUCGUCAGGGUUCCUCUGUUGAAGCGGGGAACCUUGUAUGAAAAGCUGCGUGAGCGAGGCAAGCUGCAGGAAUUGCUAAAGAGCAUGCAGUACAGCUCUGGAGGAGCCUACAAUGUGGACCUGAUCAACCAAAACGAUAUGUCCUAUUUUGGUGAAAUUAAUGUGGGGACGCCUCCACAGAGCUUCUACGUCCACUUUGACACAGGGUCUACUACGCUUUGGGUCAACUCUGUCUACUGCAAGAGCAGUGCCUGCUUAAAUCAUGAUCUGUUUGACCCUGAUAAGUCCUCCACGUAUCAUAGCAACGGUGAGCCAUUUUCUAUCCAUUAUGGAACAGGAAGCGUCACUGGAGUCAUCGGCUAUGACACAGUCAAACUUGGUGACCUAACAGUCACAGAUCAGAAGAUUGGCCUGAGUAUUACAGAGCCUGGUGACCACUUUGCUCGACCUCUGCAUGAGGGAAUUAUGGGAUUGGCCUACAUGCCUGACAAACAAACCAUUGUGGACACAAUGAUCAAGGAAGGUCUUUUGGAGGAACCUGUCUUUGCUUUCUACCUGAGCCAAAACUCAGAGAAGGGCAGCGAAGUGAUUUUUGGGGGCACAGACCCAAACCACUAUACUGGGGAAAUUCACUGGGUUCCUGUGGAAGAAAACAGCCACUGGAAGCUGGUUAUUGAUGAAUUUGAGGUGGACCAUCAUAUGACUGGCUGGUGCGUUAAUGGCUGUUCUGCCAUCGUGGACACAGGAACUUCAUUGCUGGUCUGCCCUGAAGAAUUUGCAGAUACACUGCAACACAAGCUGGGAGCUGUGGUGAACGACGACGGAAGCUACGUCUUUAACUGUGAUGACGUGAACAGCCUGCCCACACUGACCUUCGUCAUGAACGGAGCCCACCUCCAUCUGGAACCUUCUUAUUAUGUGCUGUCGGAGCAAGACUCCAAUGGAAAUUGCAUAAGUGGGAUCGAGUCAUCUCAUUCAAGUAAUGAUGGAGAGAUGCCCCACUGGGUUCUGGGAGAUGUCUUCCUCAGACAGUUCUACUCUGUGUUUGACCAAGGAAAUGGCAGGGUUGGCUUUGCUACACUGGCUUAG